AUGGACCCCGGGCCCCCGCCAUUGAACGGUGAUUUGAACGGCCGACUUGUCCGAAACGUGGAGCCCCAAGGUUAUAGUGCGGAUUUCGUUUCUUUCACCGCCCACGUCGGCCGCGAUCACGACACCGUCAAAACGUUCUCCAACCUUCUUAACUCGGUCCAUCACCCAUACGCCGGAGCCCGUUGUUCUGCCUCUCCAGGAAGCUCAGCGGAUUACAUUUCUACCCGAUAA